GUUUGUGUGUAUGCACACUGCUGGGGAGAUGGGUUGGGACAAUACGUAGCCGCCUGGCCCCAGUAUAAUUCAUUCAUUAUUGGAGUGUGUGUGUGUGUGUGUAAGAGAGAGAGUUAAGGGGGGAGAUGGGUGGGGGUGUGUUUGUGUGUCAGACGGUAUUCCUGCUCGUCUCGCUCCGCCAGUUAAGUUAAAUCAGAGGCAGCCAGUGGCACACUGUGGUGGUCUCUCUUCUUCUCUCUGUCUGUCCAGCUUUGGGAGCAUCAGCAGCCCUCUGGUUCAACAGCACAGGUAAGAGUUCACAUUUCCUCAUUCCCCGAAAGCUCUUUUACCAUGUUUAGAAAACUUAUAUUUUGCAGUUGAGUACCUAAAAUCUCUACGUUUGAUUUUCUGUAAUUAUUCUUAAAAGCUGUUUUUUUGUGUAUGUAUUAUUUUCUGACUGCAGCAUAUGGUAGUUUUCUGUAUCUCGUCCCUCCAAUUGUUACAGUCUGUACAUUGGCCUACACUUCCACACAUUGUCGUAAAUGUAUCCACUGACUUGAUGGCUGCUACCUGUUGCUGAAAUUGUUCAUGUGAAAGUCCUGAGUGUGCACAUAUAACUACAGUGGCUCUGCAGUACGCAUGGGGAGGGGGGGGAUUCAUAGCUGCAUUAUGUAAGCUAUACGCAGAGAAGUAUGAAGUUUACAUUGUCUCGUAUCACUGAGUAGAAUUUGAUCCGCUUCUUGAUAAACAGUGGCCUUGCACUUGCUAAAAAUCCACCGUAAUGAAGAAACUAAUCCUAAAACAAGCAAAAGAGGGCUAGAUGACGAAGAACAGAGAGUGAAGAAGGUGGGAAAAGUGACUGUUGAAAUUUAGGUCGAGGUAGCAGGAAAAAAAUGGUAAAACCACAGAAACUGAGUGAUCACAGCUCAGAAACAUACUCGAACCUAGAGCUUCAUAUUGUCAUAUUAUCGUCCCAGAAGGUGCCAUAAUGAUUGAGGGUAAGUUGCAGAGAAAAUUUAGAGUUUCUUUUGGCACUCAGAAAUGCUUGUGGCCUCUUGGGCAUUAUUCAGUUCAGGACGUGAAAGGAAGCUUUGAGGGCUAGGUUAAGUGUUUAAUUGUGUAAUUCCCUUGAAAGAGCAGUUUUAUAAACAAUAGUGGAGCAGACAUGGUUCCUGUUGCCAAUAGUUCCAGAAUUAAAAGUAACCAGAUGCUUCUGGACUGUGUCGAUUUCUUACACAGAGUCUGAAUCUUUUAUGUUUUCUGCUCUGAUUAGACCUUCAUAUAGUAUAUUAUAGUAGUUGGAAUAAGGGUUAACUGACAAUAGGAUACAAACUGAUCUGACCCAGUAUGAAACAGUACAAUACUGUGAUACCAAAUGAUACAGCGCUAUACAAUAGAACAUAAUAUGAAAUAAUAUGACACAAUUUCACAUGAGACAAUACAAUAAGUUGCAAUGAGAUAUGACAUGAUACUAUAAGAUAUAAUACUGUGUGAUAUGUGACCUGUGAUGAUGAUGUAAAAGUGUAGAUUCAAUAUGAGCUGAUUUGAUGCCACAUGAUACGAUACAAGACGAUACAGGAUGAGAUGAGACAAAACAAUACAGUACGAUACGUGAUGAGAUGGUACGGUACGGUACAGUACAAUACGAGACGAUACAAGAUACAAGACAAGAUGAGACGAUAUAAGAUGAUAUGAUACAAAAAAAUACAAUACAAGAUGACACGAGACAAAAAGGGAUGGUACGAGAUAACACGUGACAAGACAAUCCAAUACAAGACAAAAUGUUCUGUGACGGGACAAUAUGAUAUGUGACGAUACAGUCAGAGACAAGACCAGAUGAGAUGUUGUGAUUCAAAAUGAUACAAUACAAGACGAUAUGAGACAAAACAUGACUGUAUGAGAUAAUACGAGACAAGACGAUACAAUACAAGACAAUACAAUACGAUACGUGACGAGACAGUACAGUAUGAUACAAUACGGGACAAUGUGAUUAGAGACAAAACCAGAUGAGAUGAUACGAUAUAAUACAAUACAAUACAAGACGAUACAAGACAAUACGAGACAAGACGGUACAAGACAAUAUGAUACGAUAUUAUACAAUAUGAGACAAUACAAUACGAGACAAUAUGAUAUGAAACAAUACGAUACGAGACAAUGCUAAACAAGACAAAUUGAGACGAGACAAGUUGACAAGAGACAAGAAGAAACAAUACGAUAUGAGAAGAAAUGAAAUGAGACAAGAAUGUAGUUGUGAUGUGAUUAUGGCACUAUAGAUGUCAAAAAGAGAAGGUGUUGUGUUGAUAUUUUGUCUCAUUCCUAUUUGAUUUAAUCUUAACUUUUUUUUGCACUAGAGCUUAUCAAAAAUGAAAGACCAACUGGCCCAUUUCAGGGAUCUCACAAACUUCUACAACAAAAAAGUUUCAGAAUGUUGGAGGGAUAUUUGCCAGAACAAUAUUAGCGUAAAUCAAAUAGGAGUAAAACAUAAAAUAAUGUUAAGUCAAUAACCAAAACAUAUUUAUAAAACUUCAAAGUUUAAUGAUAAAUUCUAGUGACUUUUUGUUUCCUUUUUAACCUUUCAUCCACAGUAUGCCAUGAGAAUUGAAUAAGAGAGGCCUGGGGUUCGUUUCCCCCUUCUGGCUCUUACAUAAUCUUUCUGGAACUUCCUGCCUCUUCCUGCAAAUAUUAUGAAAUUGGACUUUUGAAAACUAAAUGACAGCUUAUUAAGUUCAAACCAUCUGGCAAAACCUCAUAACUCUCCUCAUUUGUAUAACUUAUUAAGGUGUUAUAAAAUCAUGUAAGUAUCAACCGCUAUCAAGGCAAUUCUCCUAUUCUGACUGAAUUCAAAGUACCUACGUUUGCUUUGAUUUACUUUCAUACCUGGCACUGUUUUAUUGGAGUCACUGACAUUUACUCUCAGUCAGGUUUCUUACUUCAAAAGUUUUUCAACUGAAUGUAAAUUGGGACAGAGGGAGAAGUGAUUUGUAGGAGGUUGUGGCUUGUGUAAAUGACACCCGUAUUAUCCUGCUGCAAUAUAAGCUGUGUUAAGAAUGGCGUUAAAUUAGUAUUCCCGUAACCUGUUAGAAGAUACAGGAUGCAGCUGAUGUAGCAGAACACUCUGUCGGCCUGAAACAAAGCCUAAAUGAGCGGGUGAUCAAGAGGGUUGGUGUCUGAGGAGGUGUGUUCCUGGUAAGCUGAACCUCACUUCAUAAUGGCCUGGUAAUAAAUCAUUAACUCCAUCAAGCAGACAUUUUACUGGCCUCUCUGUAUGAGCAGCCAUAUGGUGGUGCUCAUGUCAGAGCGGCCCGGUGCUCAAGCCGAGGGCGGACUCAGAUAUCUGCGUUGGUGAGACCCACUGCUCCAUCUAGCAGUGAGGGUUUUUUUUUUUAGGGUUUAACUUAUGAGAAAUUCCCAUCAUCCUAGAAAGAGGCUCCAUUUAAAUACCUUGAAAUUGGAUUAGUAGUGGAAUGUGGCUACUACAGUGCCAUUUCGGAGUCAUCUUCUGCAACAAGGAGAAAAAAAAAAGACCCUUACAUCUCUCCUAACCUCGAUUUUAUCAUUCAUUGCGAGUGUUUGCAAACAGCGCAGGUCUGUUGUGAUGUCCGGGAGGAUGCGGCUUCCUCUGGUGACCUUGUGAAGUAGGUGUUUGCCUUCCUGUCUGUGGUCACCCAGGGUUUAUGACCGUCAUUCAGCAAUGUGCAAUCUCACUUAGAGCUGUAACUUGCUGGACACAGCAGCACUAAUUCACCUGCUUCCAAGUCGCCACCUCACCUUUAUUGUAGGGCUCACUUACAUAUAUGUAGCAGUAACUAUUAGCUUUGUUUAGAUUCACUCCCCACCAACGUCUCCUUGCCUUGAGCAUCCCAAUCAUGGAAAAGUACUGAUGGUUCUCCACUAUGGUAGUGAUAAAAGACCUGUGGUGUCACUUCCCUCCAGGUUUUCCACUUGUGGUCAUUAGAAAUCUUCUUGUAGAGAUCUUUUUGAACAGCUUUAAAUCCCUCCACCAUGAAACUGAUAUGUCCUGACGCUCUCUUUUGCGUAGUUUCAAUUUACAGCCACCCACUGUUUUAGCCAUUAAAGAGUCAAACCACAUGAACAGUAAAUCCAGGCAGUGACAUCUGUGUUUGUGCUUGUUUUCCUUACCUUCUACACUACUGCCUGUGCAGGAAACUCUCAGAGAUAUUUCAUUAUUCUGUUGCCCUUGGCACCCACACAUCUUCCACACAUCUGCAACCGAUACGCUUGUUGCUUCAGUGCGCUGGAGUGUUUUCAUGGAAUUCACCAAACCAAACCUGGUUGAAAAGGAGGGGAUCUUUGACUGGGAGAUAAAAUACCUUUCUAGGAAGGACUCAGACUGUCUUAAUACCAACCAGAGGCAGGAGGAAUGCAGGGAGUUAAGACUUGUCUUUGCUGUGUUUAGUAGCGGCUGGAUUUCUAAACUUUUAAAAGGCAUCUUUUUAUUUAUUUUUCAAUAAAUUCAAAAAUUUGGUCUAGCUUUGGUAAAGAAAAUCAAUUUCCUCUACUGAAAGUCCUCCAUAGUUGUAUUAUUGUACUAUGUUGGUUGUGAAAUUGAAAGAGUAAAAUUUUGAAGCUAGAAUGCCAUCUUGUGGCAAAAUAUCAGCUAGCCAUUUAUGUCCAACUGAUAUUUAACAACUGCAAUUAUUCAGUUAAAGCGACUUAUGCAGGUCACAUUGUUAGUUGCUUUACAUAAUGAUUUAUAAUAAAUUGGCUAUUUUCCUACUUUGAGGUUUUGAUUUUAGAGCCUGUUUUUCUUUAAGCGGUUUUGAAAGCAUACAAGCUCUCUUUCAGCAGUCAGUAAUGGAAACUAUCUUUAGCGAAAGUAACACUAUACAUCAGGUUUGUCCUAAUAUUAUUGCAUCAGCCCCACUAAUUACGCUCACUAAGCUAUCCUAUAAAACAUAAAGACCUCCAACAAGGAGGAGAAUUUGUUUUUUUAUUCCCAUUUCACAUUCUGCUCACAAAUGAAGCAAAAAAACUCGCCCUGAGGCACAUUUUCCCCCGCACGCAGGUUUGAUUUUCUCACAGAGCAAAGUUUCCACAGAGCUGAAUCCCUGCUGUCCUGUUUGUUUAGGUGUGUGCUGAUUAGAAGUUCUCAUGCUGGGUACAAUGUAUCUCUGCACACCGAGGGUUUGAAACGUGACAUGUCUUUUACAGGGACUGGAGUCUGAGCCUCCUCUCCUUCACUCUCUCCCUCACUACCUCUGUGUUUAAUGGACUUGUUAUCCGAGCUCACACUUUGCCAUGCAGUCUUCAUUAACACGGGUCGUAACAUGAAGCAUAAACGUUCUCCUUCCGGGUGCUGACAGUCCACCCAGAUGGACAGACCAUUUGAUGAACACUGUACAGUUUUACUGUUGCCGUUCAUUAGCCCAGAGACGGUUUGAAAGAGCACAGAGAGCCAGACUGUCUGAAUAAUGAUGUUUCAAAGGGCAUUUUUGGAAUAUUGAAUAACAUACAACAUCUGUUUUUUAUGGUUCCUUAUUUUACAGAAAUAACAUAAAGCGUCAGGAUGGCUUUAAUGAGCAGGUCUUUAAUAAGCUGGUGGAGGGUGAGCACUUUCAUGGGUGCUUGUGUAGAUUAGCGUUUAUGGGCCAUGCCAGCGGUAAUGAUGCCUCAUCCCCCCAGACUCCCUGUGACAUUUUUUUGUUGUCUUUCUUUUAUAGGACUUGCUGAGGCCCCUCGCCCAAGGCCUGUAUCAGUCACCGCAGACGCACCCUGCCGACAGGGCCCCCUGCAUUAAAAGUCCCAGGAACUGGCACUGCAAAAGAGAGAGAAUGCAGAACACAACAGCAGAAACAACAGAAGGGAUAAACCUGACAUGUGGAUUGUCUGGACACCACAAAUUCAUCUUCACCCUGGUGCCCAUCGUCUAUGGCUUUAUCUUUGUCAUUGGCAUGGUAGGAAACAGCCUGGUGGUGGCUGUCAUCUACUGUUACAUGAAGCUCAAGACAGUGGCAAAUAUUUUUGUGCUCAAUCUGGCCAUCUCUGACCUCACCUUCCUCAUCACGCUGCCCAUGUGGGCUACAUUCACUGCUUCAGGCUACUACUGGCCCUUUGGAAGUUUCCUGUGCAAGGCCAGCGCAGGGCUGGUGAUUUUCAACCUCUACACCAGCAUCUUCUUCCUCACUGCGCUCAGCAUUGACCGCUACUUAGCCAUCGUCCACCCUGUGCGAUCACGCAGGUUGCGCACUGUGGUGUACGCUCGUGUCACUUGUGUGGUGAUCUGGCUUUUUGCUUUUCUGCUCAGUGUGCCCACAGCUCUGACCAGAGACGUCCAUGACAUCCCAAACUUCAACACAACGUUGUGCGGCAUCCUGCACCCCAAUCCUCAAAAUGCCAUGAGGUUAAAGGAGCUGCUGCUGGCCAUCAGCCUCAUGAAGAGCCUGCUGGGCUUCCUCAUACCCUUCAUCAUCAUCAUCACCUGCUACUGCCUCAUCGGGCGAGCACUGCUGGGUGCGAGACACAUUCAGAAGAGCUCCCGCUCCCGUGAUGAUGAGGUGCUGCGCAUGCUUGCAGCAGCAGUCCUGGCUUUCUUCCUAUGUUGGGUGCCGCAUCAGGUGUUCCACUUAAUGCAGGUGCUCACCCAGCUGAUCCUGGGGGAGAACUGCGCCAUCCUAGAAAUCAUCGACACUGCCAUGCCCUUCACCAUCUGCAUUGCCUACUUCAACAGCUGUGUCAACCCCAUCGUGUAUAGCUUUGUUGGGGACAACUUUCGUAAGACCUUGCUGCGCCUGCUGCGCUGCUCACGCAGAGGAGCGGCAGGACAACACCCAAGCAUCAGCUCCAAGAUGAGCUCCUUCUCUUUCCGGGCCUCUGAGGCCUUAAGUCUCACAGUGAAAAGUAAAGCCUCCUCUGAUGUUAAGUGAUUAAGAAAAGGGGGAGCAAAUUACUCUCCCUGCUCUUCCUGUCUGUGGUUAAAGAGCCGGGGAUAAGAGACAUUCCACGCUUUAAAACCCCAACUGUAUAACCAAGCACUGAACCAAACAGAAUGGUUGAAAUGUUAUAUUCAUGUGCCUCUGUGAGAAAGCCUAAGAGAUCUUAACUACCUUGUGAAGUGCUUACUGUUAUCACACACAAAUGGUUGUCAUAUUCAUGCAAUCAUACGCAUCUCCCUCUGCUUGUGAAAUAAGUUGAAGUGUCACACAAGAAAAAAGAAACAGGAAUUUACUGUAAUGAUGGAGUACUGCUGUGCCGGAGGGGGGAAAAGAAUACCAUACAUAAUUACACAUAGCUUAUCCCAUUAUUUAUAUAAGAAAUGCAUGUUCUGCAGGAUUUUGUCUCCAGCGUGCAGUAAUAUAUUGUCCAGUGAUAACCGCUCUGUAUGCUCAGCAGGUCGUUCACCAGUUGGAACAGUGAUCAAGUGCUCUGCUAAGAUACCAAAACUUAAAAAAAAAAACAGGAAAACAAAUCCUCCCACACAUGCUUUAAUAGCAGAUGGAACAACUGGGUUGUGUAGCAAAGAUGUGGUGUAAGUUCAUAUCAACAUUAAAUUCCAUGUUUGACCAGCGUCUGCAUGCUGUAUGUGCUGAUGUCAAAAAUAUGUACUUCUUGUGAAAUGUUCAAGUGUUUGCAUAAGAUUAAAAUGCUGAAUUGUUGCUAAUUUUGAGCGUAACAUGCUGUACAAAUGAAUCACUCCAGGUUGUGCGAUCAUUGUCAAUGUCUUUGGUAGUUGUUUUGUGAUAUUUAAGUAUGUUGAUAGAUUUUUUUUCUUAUUCUUUAAGUGUACAGUUUGUAAAUAAAUGAUAAUAUGAAUAACAUAUUAAAAAUCUCCAGUAAAUGGUUGCAUUUCUUUCUUUAAGGGACAAAUAUUCAUCAUGGCUAGUGGAAAUGUGUCACUGGUUUCAGAAACAUCGAGAAACAACUGCUAAUCUAAGAUAUAAGGAAUCAAAAUCAAGUAACCUUGAACCAAAAUUUCUCUCUGCAC